AUGGCGAGCAUAAACACCACCAGCACAGCAGGCGGAUCAGCCGCACCUAUCCAAAUGUCCGGAAAAGCAAACGCAGCUACCCCCAAGCUCAACAGCGAGGUCGAGAUGGGUAGUUUGCCGGGAGACGCCCAGAAUCAGCAGGAUGAUGUUAUGCAGGUGGCUCGGAUAGGAGACGUUCCGGCUAUGGAGAAGCUCUUCGAGUCGGGCGAGUACGAUGCGACCUACCACGACGACGAGGGUAUCACGCCCCUACAUUGGGCGGCGAUUAACAAUCAGUAUGCGAUGUGCAAAUUCUUGAUCGAGCACGGCGCCGAGAUCAACAGAAAAGGCGGAGAGUCAGUAGCGACACCUCUUCAAUGGGCGGCUCAGCGAUGUCACUACUAUACCGUCAACCUUCUUCUCCAGCACGGCGCCGACCCUCUGAUCACCGACGCCCAAGGUUACAACACCCUCCACAUCUCGACAUUCAAUGGCAACACCCUCCUGAUCGUCCUUCUCCUGCACCAAGGAAUUCCCGUCGACGUCCUCGACACUUUUGGCCACACCGCGCUGAUGUGGGCUGCCUACAAGGGCCUUCCCCAAUGCGUGGACCUUUUCUUGCGCUGGGGCGCCAGCAUCCACGCGACCGACGAGCAGGGCUUCACGGCUUUGCACUGGGCUUUGGUCAAGGGCAGUCCUGGAUGUAUCCUGAAACUUAUCGAGUACGGAGCCGAUCGAUUUGCAAAGACGCAGACGGGCAAGACGCCUGCCGUGACGGCCAAGGAACUCAACACGGAAGUUGCCUGGCACAGAGCUCUACGGGAAUGCGGUUUCAACGAGGACGGUCACCCUGCGGUGCCUCCUUGGCCUGGUGCUAGUUAUUUCUUGAAGGACAAGAGGAAUUUUGUCACCAGGUUUUUGUUCCUCUGGCCGUUUGUUUUGGUGUGGGCUAUGCUUGUUGUCAUGUCGAGUUUCCCUGUGUACAUUGGUGUGCCUCUUGGAUUGGCUGCUGUUUACGGUAUUCAGUGGGUUGCUCAGCAAGUAUUGGAGUAUGCGCCUUCAGAUAUGCGACAUUUCCACAAGACGCCUUGGUUAACUGGAAUCUUUGCGGCCACUCUUUUCUGGACGGGAGUGAACUGGUUGACGACAGUCCUUUUCGCGACGACACUCGGCGCAACCGAAGGCCAUGGCCACGGAUUUCUGAACCUCUUUUUUGCGAUCUUCUUUGGUCUUACCGGGUAUUUCUACGUCGCCAGCAUGAGAUACGACCCUGGUUUCGUUCCCAAGAUGAAUGGCAUUGCUGAGCAAAAGGCUGUUAUCGAUGAACUUCUUGCGCAGUGGAAGUACGAUGAGACCAACUUUUGUGUUACUUGCAUGAUUCAGACACCUCUUCGAAGCAAGCAUUGUCGUCGCUGCCAGCGAUGCGUUGCCAAGCAUGACCACCACUGCCCGUGGGUUUACAACUGUGUUGGUAUCAACAACCACCGACACUUUUUCUUCUACCUUAUUUCGCUCACUCUUGGUAUUGUCUCGUACGACUUUUUGCUGUAUUACUACUUUGACACCAUCAGCAAGAAUGCUUCAGAGACCUGCAAUGUCCUCAGCCCUACACUGUGCAAGUACAUCAAUGCCGACUCAUAUACUUCAAUCCUGGCUAUCUGGAUCACGCUGCAGCUGCUUUGGGUCACCAUGCUUCUGUUCACUCAGUUCAUCCAAGUCGCCCGAGCCAUGACUACAUAUGAGAACAUGUUUGGUAUCCGUGACGGCAGCAACAUCACUGCUCUUACAUCCACUGGCGCACCUCUCGACCCCAACCACCCAUCUCUAUCAGCUGCAGCACCCCCUGCUGCUCACUCCCAUAAGCACAAGGGUGGCAUCCUCAAGUCACUCAGCCGAACCCUCGGAGUCGACCCCUUCAUCGAGACCAUCACAGGAAGAGGAGCCGUAUCCGGCAAGAACAAGCGCAAGAAGAAGAACCCCUACAGCAAAGGCUGCAUCACCAACUGCAAAGAUUUCUGGUGCGAUCCCGCGCCCAUUUUCGGCCAGCGAGAGAACGGAUCUGCUGUUCUCGGUGGCGAGCGCGUCGAUUACACCGCCAUGUACGAGAGUCCUAGCCUCAUGACAUUGACUGGCCGACGAGAUCGCGGAGGUUACGAGGCUGUAGGAACGGAAGAAGUCUAG